AAGUAUAUUUCUGCGCGGGCAUAUUUUUAUGGUAACAGUAUUUAUGCACUGUAAUAUUGCCACUUUUAUUCUAUCAUCGCAGCAAAAAGGACACCGGAAAAACGAGUCGAUUUAUUUUGCUUAUUUGGAUUCAGCGCCAGUAGGUGGUGAUACAGCGCCACGGUGUUUUAACACCGACCGACUCUAAACUCAGAAGAAAAAACUCGCGUGACGUCAUCGUUGUAGCAGCCACAAACAGGAAGAAAACACCCAGCUGUUCUCUAUGCGGCGAGAGCUUUCGGCUAGCUUUGUGUAGCACUGCCACAGGAAUGAAACGACGUUGAGAGUCGCAAACUAACUGGUGUUUGGUCAUGCUGUGUCCGGAGUAGCGGCCGCAUCCGCCAGAUACCCCGGGAAUAUCGUCCUCCUCGACUUUCCUCCGGUCCGAGUGUUGAAACGAGGUGUGAAUGAGUGACGUGGUGCCUCCCACAGCUAUCAGUGAAGUCCAGCUCCGCUUCCUCUGCCACGAUGACAUAGAGAAUGUCAAGCUGCUCUGUGGGGAUUGGUUCCCAAUCGAGUACCCAGACUCAUGGUAUCAGGACAUCACCUCCAACAAGAAGUUCUUCUCCCUCGCGGCCACCUUCAGAGGGGGCAUCGUGGGAAUGAUUGUGGCUGAGAUCAAAGGCCGGACCAAAGUACACAAAGAGGAUGGAGACAUCAUGGCCUCCAGUUUCCCUGUGGACACACAGGUAGCCUACAUCCUGAGCCUGGGAGUUGUCAAAGAUUUCAGGAAACAUGGCAUAGGCUCCCUACUGCUGGACAGUCUGAAGGAGCACAUCUCGACCACGCCCCAGGACCACUGUAAGGCCAUCUACCUGCACGUGCUCACCACCAACAUCACUGCCAUCCACUUCUACGAGAACAGGGACUUCCGGCAGCACCACUACCUGCCCUACUACUACUCCAUACGAGGCAUCCUCAAAGAUGGCUUCACAUACGUGCUCUAUAUUAACGGGGGCCAUCCGCCCUGGACGAUAUUUGACUAUAUCCAGCACAUCGGCUCCAGCCUGGCCAGCCUGAGCCCCUGCUCCAUCCCUCAGAGGCUGUACCGGCAGGCCCAGUCGCUGCUGCGCUCUCUGCUGCCCUGGUCCAACAUCGCCUCCAAGGCCGGCAUUCAGUACAGCAGAACAAUGUGACCGCGGCGACAAGGAGUGCAACCGAUUCUCUUCAGUCUUCCCCUGUACACACCCAGCUGUACACACACACUCGCAUCCUCGCCACGGCGCUCCGCGCCCUGUG